UGAGUAAAACACACAAUUUAUGUGAAAUAAAGAGUCAUAUCUGUGUUGUACUUAAAAUAUUCAUGUGUGUAUGCACAUUUUCCAAAUAGAGUUUCUAAUAAAAAUGUAGAUUUCAGAUUGUGAUUAUGUCCGAUCUCAGGGUUCACAAUGAUUCCUCCGCUAUGGUUUGCUCUCUGCUGUGCAACGUGGCUCCCAGGUCUGUUCUUUAACAUGUAGCUACUACAAAACAAAUCUGUCAAAAAUCAUUAAACUCUGCCUCCAAUGAGCCAUUUCUCUCCUCUUGCAGAGCUGCUGGAGGCCAAAUCCUUGCUGAAUGUCAUCAGGCAGGAAGAGAUGGUCCCCGUCAGGAUUGACUCUGACAAAGCAAACGACUUUCUGGGUCACUCCAGGCCCAAGCGGAAUGCGGACCCCAAGUGGUACCUAAACAACCCAGAUUUCCAGGCUUAUUAUCGCUACUACAGCAGCAUCGGGCACACCGAGGGGCUGUAUGAGAUUGAUAAGCUGCGGAUGCUCUACCAGCAAAAGAGGUACCUCGAGCACACCUAUGGCCCCAACGCCUCUUAUUUCCAGAGCAAACUGGGAGUUCCAGUCAUCAUGUGCGACCCCGUCACAGAUAAGAGAUGCAAAGUCAAUCCCCCGCCUCCUCACACAAAAGGGGUGCCUCCCCCUCCUCAGACAAAGGGGGUGCCCCCGCCUCCUCACACAAAAGGGCCAACAGAGCCCCCUCUUCCACUUGCUCCGACAAUGUCACAGGCAGAUGUGCUCUAUCUAUGCAACAACAGGGACCCCCUAUGCAAACCCCACAUCGUGUACCUGCCCACGGGAGCUGUACCUGUGCUCUGUGACCCCCGCUACCACCCCCACUGCACACCCCAGAAAGCACCCCCAGCCCCCAUGCCCUAUCCUCUACCCCCUUCGUCUGAAAAAUCGGCCCCACCGGCCCCCAUCCGUACCUUUAAGGCUAUGGAGUAUGACUGUGACCCUUACUGGGAUCCCGACUGCCUGAUUGACAACCCACCCACACCAGUGAAGGGACAGGUUGUGCUCGCCCCACCACCACCAGCCCCUGAAGAGGAGGAGGAAGAAGCUGAACCUGUGGAGGAACCAGCACCCCCUGCACCGAUGAAGACGAAAGCAUACCACUACCCAUACUACACUUUACCCUACGACCCCAGGGAUGAUCUGUAUGACCCGGUCCGCUUCCAGUACCCCCAGCCUGCUGAUGAUGAUCCCACAGAGGACAGUCAGUAG